GUUAUGGAAAACAAUAUAGAAGGAGGGUUUUACGAGAUUGGUGCUUACCGCCAUAAUGCACGUCGAUAUAAAGAGGGCAUUGAUGAGCUCGCAGACAUUCAGGAGAUGUUAAAGGAGCGGAUUGGAUUGGAAACAUUUUAUUGCAAGUCAUUAAGAGCGUUCCACGAAAGGUGGUUAUCUCAUGCAGAAAAAGCUUCGAGUAAUUCUGUAAAAACUAUUUGGAAGGAGGUUUUAGGGGAGAGUGCAGAACUGGGUCGACUUCAUGGUAAUUUGAAAGACCGUAUCUCAGAUGAGAUUGUAAAAACUAUAACUAUCUAUUUGAAAGACAACUACCAUUCUUCUCCUUUUCGCUCUGCCAAGGAGGUGCGUGAUAUCGAGGAACAGUUUGAAAAAGUGCAGAGACCAUGGAAGAAACAACUUGAGAAAGUGGAAAAAGCACGUAAAUUGUUUCAUAACGCUUCGCAGAAAGAACGGUCUGCGUCAGUACAGAAAAAAAAUGCUGAUGGAGAUCCUUCUAUUUCUACUGAUAAUGCCCGGAAGUACGAAGCUAGGUGGCAGAAAACCAAAGAAGAUGUGUCAUCUUUCGAAACAUUAUAUAGACGAAGCGUUGCUGACCUUGACGCUAUAAAAAAUGAUUAUAUUGCACAAAUGUGUGAUAGACAUUUUAGGCAACGGCAUAAGCAUAUUAUGACAAAAACUAUUUUAGGUGAAGUUAUUGAGGUCUUACGUGAACCAGAUUCCUUGAAUUGGUGUAUAGGCCGAAAGGACGGGAAAAAAGGUCUUUUUCCUGCCGCUUACGUUGAGAGGUUGAAAUAA